AUGCACGGGAGGUCGCGGGGGGAGUGGGGCGGCGUGCGCCUCGCGCCCUUGGGGCGCACCGCCAGAUUUCCCCUGGUGAAGGCGCUGGUGCUGUGCGGCUUUUUCGGCUUGUUUGUCGUCGUCUCGUGCACCGUUGGCCGGUGGCCCCUGCCCAGUGCCCCUCGCCUCGUCUCUCUUGCCGCCGCCGGAGGCCCCGCGCCGCAGGGCGCGCCGAUGGACGACGCGGUGCUGCGGCACGCCGUGCACCGCAUGGAAGCCAUCUCGUUCAAGAAACCUGCCCCCUUCCUGCGUCCAUGGGGAGGGGAGCGCCUGGCAGCCCUGAAGGAGUGGACGCACAUUUAUUACAGCAUCCGCGUGGAUGUGCCGCUGCGUGCUCCUGCGAACGACACGGGCGUGGAAGAUACGAAAAGUCUGAAAUCUCCCUUUGCGCCGCUGCAGAUCUUAGUGUACGAUGCCGACGACGGCUACUUGACUUUGUCUCUCGCAAGGUUUGUACCAGAGUCUUCUGUGACGAGUGUGGCUCUCGGCGGCUGCCCGCAGGUGAAUAGGAGGCGAGGCGAAUGUAACCCCCCGCAUCAGGUGUUAGCGGCGAUGGAGACGAGGUGGAAUUUCAUGCAAGCGGCCAACGCUGGCGUGGAAAAGCCACACCUCUUUCUCUGUGCAUCGCCGACAAUGUCACUAGUUCGACUUGAAAACGUGGCUGGCCGUCACAUACUGGCGGACUACCAGGUGGUUGUGUCCCUCUUUGAUCGCUUCCCGCCCGCCCCGACGAAGCGCGCGUUCCAGCGUGCCCUCAUCUCCCUACUCAAAAGCGCAAAGGUGGCGACGUUCAUCACCCUCCCUGUAUAUGGGAGAGGCGGACAUAGAGCAGGAAACGCGCUGCACUGGUACAACCAGCCACACGACCCGGAGAAGCUGCUGACGGAGGCGGCAGAGCUUUUUUACACUCCAUUGUCGUUCGUUCGUUUGGGCAUCGUCCGACAGGGAAAUGAGAACAGGGCCUUGUUUCGUGUAGAAGUGUUGCAGAACAGAAAAUUGACAGAGCAGGAGACUGUGUCAUGUGAGUUGCGACGGCGUAUCCUGCGCUGUGACCCCCCGGGACCCCUCGUAACGUCCACGACAUGA